AUGGAUGUUCCUGACCCAGUUCCUGCCACCAGCUCUGUUUCUGCUGAUCAUCCCAGUUCUGGAAACAGGACGCCACGUGAUAGUCCUGUCAAGAAGGAGAAGAAGCCGAAGCUUGAGACUAAACCGGUUCAAGUCAUCAAAUCAGAGCUGAAGCAGCAGAAGACUAGCGAUUUGAAAGCCAAGAAGCCCUCUGUCCCGGAUGCUUCUGCGGCUUGUGGGGCACCACAGGUUGAGGUGAAGAAGCAGGAGAAGUGUGCGGCCAAGAAGGAGUUCCCUGCCAAGGUCAAGCUAGAGACUGCCAAGGUCAAGCUAGAGAGAGGCUUGACAACGCCAACGAAGCAGAGUCCCGAGACACCAAAGGCUACCCAGAGGAAGGAGAAGCGGCGCUUUGACAAGGUGGACAAAGUCAUUGCCACUGGGACAGACUUGGGGCAAGCCCAGCAUGCCGAGAAUGUUGCCAAAGACGGGGUCUACCUGGAUGCGCUGGAUUUGUCAGUUAUAGCUCAGUCCUUUGACGAGCCUUUCAUGGUACGAGACACCCAUGCAAAGACGUUGGAGAUUGCAGCCAUUGCUGACUAUGUGAAGGAGUUAGUUCCUGGCAGUAGUCUGGAUCUGAAGACAUCGAGUGGGAAGCAAUGGACUUUCAUUCUCUGCAAUGCCAACUAUGAUUCAUGUGAAGAGCUCAACCACUGGGUCCCUGCCAUUUCUUCAGCAAAUGUGGGGGAAGAAUAUUUGAGGUCAUUGAUGGGCUUGGAGAAUUGCCAGGUUGAUCUCAAGAUUGCUGAAACCCAACAUCGCUACAUCGAGUUGCUGGGCAAGCAUGGACACGAUAAAGCAAGCGCUGAGGAGUCUUCGCUGCUGGAUCGUGCUGAGCAGGAAAUGUUCAGAGCCCAGAACUGGCAGAAGUUUCGAACGAGGUGCGCAACGGUUGGCCUUCAUCCGAUGGAAGUCCCGUGCGAUGGAAAUUGUUUGGUUUGGUCAGCGCUUGUGUUGAUAUCUGGAGAGUAUGAUCAACCUCCUGAAAGCCAUUCUGAGAUGAUGAACAUCAGGAAGAAGCUUUCCCAGGAUUGGAUGCUCCUACAAGAAUGGGACGUUUGGAGAUCGUUGUUCCAUACGAUGCAUUCUGACUUUGGAGCUGAUACUCCCAAGAAGGUCAAGCCCAAUGCGUCUGCAGAAUUGACAAGUACUCCAUUUCAUGACAAGAAAUUUCAGAAGAAGGAGAAGCCCAAGAUGGUGGACCAGUGCGCACGGGCACCAAAUUUUCAGCGAGCUCGUCCAAAUCUUUCCCUGACUUCAAAGAGUGCUUCCAAGAGAACACAACAGGAUGAUCAGGCAAAGGUGAAAAGCGAGGAGGCUGAGAUCUUUGUUCCAGAGUGUGAAGCCACAGGCAAUGAGCCACAACCAGUUCAGAAGCGACGGCGCUGUGGCAAAAAGAAGAACAAGACUAUAGAAGAACGCAAGUUGAUUCGUCUUCGCAAAUUUCUAGCGAAGAGUGGUGCUCAAUAUGCCCGUUGGCAAUCAUUACAUUGGCAAGCUGCAGGAAGCAAGAAAUGUGGCACAUGCCCAGAUGGCAAGUAUACUGAUUUCCAGAAGUCCUUGGCCUUCAAGAGCCCGGAAGACAGAAACACUACCUGUCCAGCCUGUAAGAGUUUCUUGGAGCUCAUCAACUUUGAUGAUGUCGCAUGCAAGCAGUACAUGGACAGCCGUCUCAGUGAUGAUGACGGAAGUGACCAGGAGGCAGAUGCAUCCGCUACUACCGCGAUUGUCCUAGCCAACGUGCCGUAUGAGAAGAAUUCCGAUCAUCCAGAUCAUGGUGGGCCAGCUCCAUUAGCUGCAGACGCUGAGGAGGUUGAUCUUUCCUUGGACGCUCUUUGCCGAUCAGUUGAUCCAUACUAUCAGGCACGAUCAUUGUUUUAA